ACGCUGUCAGGACGAGCUGAUGUGAGCGCUGCAUCAAGUGCGCGGCGGUGAUGCUCCAGUAUAAAACAGCCCGCUGUAUUUUGGCACAGAGGGGGGAUGCAUCACUUUAACCCACGGCUCUGCCCUCCGGACUCGCCCAUCCAGCGCUCAGCCUAGAUAAGUUGAGGGCAUGUGUGAUGCCAUUGCGAGGAGUCCGACCGCACGACAUCCCUGAGGAGCUCUCUCCGCUCGCUUUAUUUCUUCUUUUAUCGUUUGCUCCAACUUCGAUGGCUUGAGUGACCCGUUUGCACUCAUGCUUACAGCCGAGGAGGGAUGUAAGGUACGGGCCAUCCACCGCCCUCACGUUGCACGGUCGCUGUCUGAGUGCCAGAGAGAGAAAAAACUACUUUCGAGAUGUGAAUUAUCGAGGUUUGCUACUCAUCACACCGGUUCGCCUGUCCUAUGCUACCGAGAAGGGGAUUUCAAGAGGAAAAUGAUUGUGGCUUAAACUAUUUCUGGAGACACUUGGCACUGAAAUCACCGCUGAGCUGGAUAGGGUGGAUGGUUAUUUCCCAAACAGUUCAAGCCUAUGUAUACUGCAUCCAUUUGUUGGAAACGCUGCCUAGUAUCUUCGAGAACAGCGCAAGAGGAAUGCUGGUCCAAGAUCUAAUGCCAUUUACUUUAAGUUUUUGGCCUUUUUUCUUCGGUCAUUGUCUUCUCUCACUGUUUUUACUCUCGUGCCAGGGAGAGCUCCAGAGGUCAUGCUCGCAGACUGCGGUGGAGAAAGUUAGCGAACAGUGCCAGUUGGCAUGCCACUGUAGGAGAUACCCUCCCCUCCCACCGCCGCCGCCUCCGCCCCCUCCCCCACGGCUACUGGGCACCACAGUGGCGGAGCCCAUGGUGCCCUUUCUGAGGCCCUGGUGGAUGGAGAUGGACAUUAUAGUUCUUGGGACAGUGGGCUGUGCGUCUGUUGUCUUCCUCCUCUCAGCCAUCAUCAUCUGCUACAAGGCUAUCAAAAGGAAACCACUCCGAAAAGAGGAAAACGGGACGAGUCGCGGGGAGUAUGCCAUGAGCAUCCGUAACAAAAAGGCCAUGGGCACGAACAACACUGUGGUAUAGACAGUCUCCUGGCACGCACAGGAAGUGACUCAUCAGUACAUCUCACCUUAUCCCGAACACAGCAAGGCCCUCUCACUCAGAUCCCGAAAGGAUUCCGCCUGAGGGUUUUGAAUAGAUAAACCUUCUCUUUUUUUGCUUGGCAUGUUGAUCAGACUGAGGACAUCAUUCGGCUUGAAAAGAGCUGAAAAGAUGGAAGGUAAAAAGAGGCCAAGGCAGAAAAGACUUAGAGUAAGAUCCACAAAUCCCACUCCCCCCCCCCAUAGUGUCAAAAGUGGCACAGCAGGCUGAGCACUAUGCUCGGCAAGUGUUGCUGACAGGCUGGUUGGCUGCUGGCUGGAGAGGGACCGUGUGCCAGUCUGUGGCAGAUCCAGACCUCUUGCACUGUUGAUAUCUGCAACGGAACAACACACAACACAGCACCCCCGCGGUCCCGCCGGCGGCCGGACAGGACAGCCCAUCACACGCGACAAAUAACAUGCAUGCAGUUUUUACAGAGAAUGCAACAUUUUUUUAUAAUCCAGUCUUCACACCGUCCAUCUUUUGUUGUCCAUUUUUGAGACCGAUGCUUUGUGAGUGGCAUGAUGUGGCUCUGAGGUGUGGAUUCAUCUGACUAUGCAAUAAAAAAAUGUGUUUAACAAAAGAGGAGCAGAAGCAUCAACAUUGGACGCUCUGGUUAUUUUACCAUACCAAAAAAAAAAGAAAAAACUAUAUGAAAAAAUCUGGCUCCUUGUAAAAAUGUUUAAGACAUUCAUGUAUUUAUUUGCUCUAUUUAUUUACUUAUGUAUCUUUGAAUUUAUUUUUCUACUUAAAAACGACCCUGUAAGUUACACACAUCUUUCAAAAUCUUGAACAUCUUGAUGAAUUCAUCGUUAUUUCUUGAUAGCUCUGUUUUCUAAGUGAAUGAUUUAUAAACUAUGUAAUUCAUUUGUGAUGCUCCGAUGCUUUAAGCCUGCUGUCAGUUUGUUGAGACACUGAUGCAGAAAACAAGCUUACUCUGCAUAGAGUUUUGCUUUCAGUUAUUCUGUCUGCCAAGAGUCUCUAUGAUGUGCUAUGUGAAUGUGUGUUUUCCAGACAUAGUUUUUGUGCUGAAAUAUUCAAAAGUAUGAUUUGCUAACUCAGUGCAAGCACCCCUGUCAUUACAACUUAUCUGUUUGAAUCAUAUCGAUCCAGUCUUGGGGUCAGCUCGAUGCCUUCAGCCAUGUUUUGUCAGACGUGACAAUCUUCAUUUUUCUAACUGUGAAGAAGGGCUUAGCCCAUCGCUGUAGAAACGGGGGACAUGAGCUAAGGGCUGACCUUGUGACUGGUGAGUGAUAUGGGACUUAACCAAUUACCAGAGAUCAGGUUGCACAGAGAAUGGCCACAGCGGGACUCUGCUGUCACAGCCUUCCUCCACACACACACACACACAC